UGGAGACGAACAGACUUAGAGGGGACCUGGGAAGCUACCUUGAAAACGAUGUGGGAGGACCCCACUAACAGAACGGUUAGUCCCGCAGCCCCGCACCUGGCGGAUUGACCCGGGCAACCAGAGCGCGCGCGGGUGCACGGUGGCACGCGCACGCGUUCCAAAAGGGGGUGGGAAAAGAAGUCCUCCGACCCCCGCCCCGAGGGGGGACCCCCAACCAUCCAGGGCUGAGUCGGCCGGAGAGCGCGCGUGCGCGAGGGCGCGCCGCGCCGUCCCGCUCCGCCCAGCGCUGAAGGGGGUCUAGCGCAGGGCUCCAGUCUUCCCGCCCCUCCCCAGGCUCGCAGGCUCGGAGUAGUAGACUCCGGCCCUGCGGAGAGGGACGGCUAAAGGUUCCGCGAGCCGAGGAAGAAGGCGGACCGGGCGAGGAGAAAGGAGAAACCGGUUGAACGGGUGAGGAGCUCCCGGGCAGGAGCCGACACAAGACACGCCUCCCUGCCUCACACCCCUCGGGGCUGCGGAAGUCCUCCGGAGACUGGAGCUGCACCGACCGACCAGUAGACUACGAUUCCCAGAAGGCGGUGCGGUGGCGUGCCUACGACUCCCGGCAGACCCCGCGCGCCAGGCUCUCUUCAGCGCGCUGCUUCUUAGGGAGAAACUACAGUUCCCACGAGGCCUCGCGCGAAGCGGCUUGGAAGUGGGCAGCCUGGAAGUCACUCGGGCCACUGGAGCUGGCGGCGUCUCUAGCGAACCGCGCCGUGCUGAACGCCGCGGUCGAGGAGCCCGCGGGGCGUGUGGCCGGUACGCCUAGGUGCAUCACCUUUGACCUUGCCCUUUGACCUUUGGCCUUGGCUCUUGUGAGACCUGCAAAGGUGCACUAGGAUCCAGCAUGGCUGGGAAGAUGUCUCCACCACCCACAGCCCGUGGCCUGCAGCUUCUGCCCUCUCUGCCCCACUGAGCCACCGCAUCUGGAGCCCUCUGGAUAACACCUGCCUCCUGAGGCUGCAACUGUGCUGCUGUCCACAGCGAUGGUGAAGAACUGGACUCUACAGGCUCACAACCUUCAAGUGCACUUCCGAGGGCCAACACCCUUUGCCCCAGGACUGGCGGGCCUGAACAAUGGUUGAAAGUCAGGGGACCCCAUAGAGUUGUACCUCCACUUCCAGGGCCAGCAGCACUCCAGUGCCCGAGGACUAUGACCACCUAUCGGCCUCUUCCUAAUGAUGGUGUGGACCUGGCAGCCAGCUGUGGGGCCAGGAGCACCGAUAUCCUCCCUGGGCCCCACCCUGGGGACUACACUCCCAUGGGAUUCUGGGCCCAGAAUGGCAGCAUGCCCCAGCCUCUUGGUGAGAGCCCAGCUGCUACCACUACCCGCCCUAGCCCCACCACCCCCGCCAUGCCCAAGAUGGGAGUACGUGCCAGAGUGGCUGACUGGCCACCCAAGCGAGAUGCCCUGAGAGAACAGAGCAAUCCCAGCCCCUCACAAGACACAGAUGGUGUGAAGACCACCAAGGUAGCCCAUUCCAUGAGGAACCUACAGAAUGGACAGCUCCCCUCCAGCACCCCGGCUUCCUCAGGAUCCAGAGCCUUCCAUCGACUGUCCAGGAGAAGGUCCAAAGAUGUAGAAUUCCAGGAUGGGUGGCCCCGGUCCCCUGGCCGGGCCUUUCUCCCUCUACGACAUCGGAGCAGCAGCGAGAUCACCCUCAGUGAGUGUGAUGUAGAGGAACCAGGAGACCCACGGGGGACCCGGCACCCAGGGGUGCUGCCCCUCUUCCGAGAGUAUGGCAGCACGUCCUCCAUCGACGUGCAGGGUGUACCAGAGCAGAGUUUCUUUGACAUCCUCAAUGAGUUCCGCAGCGAGCAGCCAGAGGCUCGGGGCUCCCAGAACCUCAGGGAGCUCCUGCAGGUGGAUCCUGGCGCCCUCUCAGGGGGCAGCUGUGGCACCAAGGGAGACCCCCGCAAUGGCCAGCCCACCAAAGAUAGUCUCCAGAGUCUACAGCCUCUCAAAGAGAAGGAGAAGAGCCGGAAGAAACCCGUGCGGGGCCUGGGCAGUGGGGACACUGUAGACUCAUCCAUCUUCAGGAAACUGAGGAGCAGUAAGCCCGAGGGGGAAGUGGGGCGGCCUCUGGGAGAGACUGAGGAAAGUCGAAGCCCCCCAGAAGCCAGCAGACCAUGGGUCUGCCAGAAGAGCUUUGCCCAUUUUGAUGUGCAGAGCAUGCUGUUUGACCUCAACGAGGCAGCUGCCAACAGGGUGUCCGUGGCCCAGAGGCGCAACACCACCACUGGGGCCUCAGCGGCCUCAGCAGCCUCAGCCAUGGUGACGCUCACAGCAUCACGAGCCCACAGCCUGGGGACUCUGGACCCAGCCUUCACCAGCACGGAGGAUUUGAACUGCAAAGAGAACCUGGAGCAGGACCUGGGGGACGACAAUAGCAAUGACCUGCUACUUAGCUGCCCGCACUUCCGCAAUGAGAUCGGCGGGGAGCGAGAGCGCAAUGUCAGCUUCUCCCGGGCCUCCGUGGGUUCCCCGGGGGGCAGCAGCGAGGCCCACAUGGCUGAGCCCACCCUGAGCACCCACCGUACAAAUGCCAGCAUCUCGGUGCUGGAGGUGCCCAAGGAGCAGCAGAGGACACAGAGCCGGCCCAGGCAGUACAGCAUCGAGCACGUGGACCUGGGCGCUCGCUACUACCAGGACUACUUUGUGGGCAAAGAGCAUGCCAAUUACUUUGGCGUGGAUGAAAAGCUGGGGCCCGUGGCCGUGAGCAUCAAGCGGGAGAAGCUGGAGGACCAUAAGGACCACGGACCUCAGUACCAGUACAGAAUCAUCUUCCGGACUCGUGAGCUCAUCACGCUUCGAGGCUCCAUUCUCGAGGAUGCCACUCCUACGGCCACCAAGCACGGGACAGGGCGGGGCCUACCCCUGAAGGAUGCUCUGGAGUACGUCAUCCCAGAGCUCAACAUCCAUUGCUUGCGUCUGGCUCUCAACACUCCCAAAGUCACAGAGCAGCUGCUGAAGCUCGAUGAGCAAGGGCUGUGCCGCAAGCACAAGGUCGGCAUCCUGUACUGCAAGGCGGGCCAGAGCUCAGAGGAGGAGAUGUACAACAACGAGGAAGCCGGCCCUGCCUUCGAGGAGUUCCUGGACCUCUUGGGCGACAAGGUCUGUCUGAAGGGCUUCACCAAGUAUGCCGCGCAGCUGGAUGUCAAGACGGACUCCACGGGGACCCACUCCCUCUACACGACGUACCAGGACUACGAGAUCAUGUUCCACGUCUCCACCUUGCUCCCUUACACUCCCAACAACAGGCAGCAGCUGCUGAGGAAGAGGCACAUAGGGAAUGACAUCGUGACGAUCAUCUUCCAGGAGCCCGGCGCCUUACCUUUCACCCCUAAGAACAUCCGCUCGCACUUCCAGCACGUCUUCAUCAUCGUCCGAGUCCACAACCCCUGCACUGAGAAUGUCUGCUAUAGCAUGGCUGUGACCCGAUCCAAAGAUGCGCCUCCCUUUGGCCCCCCAAUCCCUAACGGAACCACAUUCCGCAAGUCUGAUGUCUUCAGAGACUUUUUGCUAGCCAAGGUAAUUAAUGCUGAGAACGCUGCUCACAAAUCCGACAAAUUCCAUACAAUGGCCACCAGGACCCGUCAGGAGUACCUGAAGGACCUAGCUGAGAACUGUGUCUCCAACACCCCCAUUGACUCCUCCGGCAAGUUCAACCUCAUCUCCCUGACCUCCAAGAAGAAGGAGAAGACGAAGGCCCGGGCAGGAGCAGAACAGCACAGUGCUGGGGCCAUUGCCUGGCGGGUGGCAGCUCAGGACUACGCCCAGGGCUCAGAGAUUGACUGCAUUCUGGGCAUUUCCAAUGAGUUUGUCGUGCUCCUGGACCUGCGCACCAAGGAGGUGGUCUUCAACUGCUACUGUGGGGACGUCAUUGGCUGGACCCCAGACUCCUCCACAAUAAAAAUCUUCUAUGGCCGAGGGGACCACAUCUUUCUACAGGCUGCAGAGGGUUCUGUGGAAGACAUCAGGGACAUUGUCCAGAGGCUAAAGGUGAUGACCAACGGCUGGGAGACAGUGGAUAUGACCCUGCGGCGGAAUGGGCUGGGGCAGCUGGGCUUCCACGUGAAGUACGAUGGCACGGUGGCUGAAGUGGAGGACUAUGGGUUUGCCUGGCAGGCUGGCCUCCGGCAAGGCAGCCGGCUGGUAGAGAUCUGCAAGGUGGCCGUGGUGACACUAAGCCAUGACCAGAUGAUCGACCUGCUGCGCACCUCCGUCACUGUGAAGGUGGUCAUCAUCCCACCCUUUGAAGACGGCACUCCCCGAAGGGGGUGGCCAGAGACCUAUGAUAUGAAUGCUUCGGAACCCAAGACGGAGUCGGAAACCACCACCCCUGGGGGCCGACCCCCCUACCGCAGCAAUGCUCCCUGGCAGUGGAGUGGGCCCGCCUCCCACAACUCUCUGCCGGCCACCAAAUGGACCACCCCUGCCACUCCCGGCCAUGCCCAGUCCCUGAGCCGACUCCCGAAGCAGACACCCGUGGUGCCCUUCCGAGAGUCUCAGCCACUGCACAGCAAGAGGCCUGUCAGUUUCCCAGAAACACCUUUUGCAGCAUCACCAGCAGGGGCCGACAGAGUCCCUCCCUACCGACAGCCUUCUGGGAGCUUCUCCACCCCAGGCUCUGCCACCUACGCAAGAUACAAGCCUUCUCCUGAAAGGUACGCAGCUGCCCCACACCCUCUGCUGUCGUUUGACCCUCACUUUAUGCACGAUGGGAUGUCCAGCGGUGACUCCUCAUCAGGUGGCCUGACCAGCCAGGAGAGCACCAUGGAGCGCCCAAAACCAGAGCCUCUGUGGCACGUGCCGGCCCAGGCCAGGCUCUCCGCCAUGACUGGAAGCAUUGGCAGCAAGCAUCCCUCCAGGCAGGACGCAGCUGGCAAAGAUUCUCCCAAUAGGCAUUCCAAAGGCGAACCUCAGUACUCCAGCCAUUCCAGCAGCAACACCCUCUCCAGCAACGCCUCCAGCAGCCAUAGUGAUGACCGAUGGUUCGACCCCCUGGACCCCCUGGAGCCAGAGCAGGACCCCUUCUCCAAGGGAGGUUCGAGUGACAGUGGCAUCGAUACCACGCUCUACACCUCCAGCCCCAGUUGCAUGUCCCUAGCCAAAGCACCGAGGCCCACCAAGCCACACAAGCCUCCCGGAAAUAUAGGUCUUUGUGGCGGGGGCCGAGAGUCGGCCGGGAGACCCCACCCUGUGGACAGACGGCGGGAAGUGUCCCCUGCACCUGUGGUGGCCGGCCAGAACAAGGGCUACCGGCCGAAGCUGUACUCUUCGGGCUCCUGCACUCCUCCAGGCCUGGUGGGGGGCAGCCGAGACCCACCAAGGCAACCCAGUGACAUGGGCUCCAGGGCCGGCUACCCCACUCAGGUUUACAAAACAGCCAGUGCAGAGACUCCCCGGCCCUCCCAGCUCUCUCAGUGCAGCCCCUUCCAGCUCUCCACCUCCGUCCCCAAGUCUUUCUUCUCCAAGCAGCCCGCACACAACAAGCAUUCAACAGGAUGGAAGAGGACAGACGAGCCCCCACCACGGCCACUCCCCUUCACUGACAGCAAGAAGCAGGUGGACACCAACGCAAAGAACGUCUUUGGUCAGCCACGGUUGAGGGCAUCCCUGCGAGACCUCCGGUCCCCACGGAAGAACUACAAGUCGACCAUCGAGGACGACCUAAAGAAGCUCAUCGUCAUGGACAACCUGGGGCCAGAGCAGGAGCGCGACACGGGGCAGUCCCCCCAGAAGAGCCUGCAGCGGACACUGUCAGAUGAGAGCCUGUGUAGCGGGCGCCGGGAACCCAGCUUUGCCAGCCCUGCCAGCCUGGAGCCCGGCCUGCCCAGCGAUGUGCUCUUCACCAGCACCUGCACCUUCCCCUCCAGCACACUGCCUGCCCGCCGCCAGCACCAGCACGCCCACCCACCCAGCGGGGCACCCAGCACCACUCCAGCCACUGGCAAUGGCUUCCCAGAGAAGAAAUCUGCCAUCUCAGCCUCGGAGCUCUCGCUGGCUGACGGACGGGACCGGCCUCUGAGGCGACUUGACCCCGGGAUGAUGCCGCUACCGGACACGGCCGCUGGUCUUGAAUGGUCCAGCUUGGUGAAUGCUGCCAAGGCCUACGAAGUGCAAAGAGCUGUGUCACUCUUCUCUCUGAACGACCCAGCCCUGAGCCCAGAGAUCCCUCCUGCACACAGCCCUGUGCACAGCCAUCUGAGCCUGGAGCGGGGCCCCCAGACUCCAAGAGCCACUCCCACCAUGAGCGAGGAGUCACCCCUGGAUCUGACAGGCAAGGUGUACCAGCUGGAGGUGAUGCUGAAGCAGCUGCACACGGACCUGCAGAAGGAGAAGCAGGACAAGGUGGUGCUGCAGUCCGAGGUGGCCAGCCUGCGGCAGAACAACCAGCGACUGCAGGAGGAGUCGCAGGCCGCCAGUGAACAGCUGCGCAAGUUCGCAGAGCUCUUCAGCAGGGAGAAGAAGGAGCUCUGAGUGCCCCUGGGUCACCCUAGACCGCCCUGGCUGGCAGGCAGUGGGCUUCUGGUUGCAGGGGUGACAGGUCAUCCAGCCACAGCCCCGCACCCACUGCCCUGCAACCUUCCUUUAGGGACUCGGGGGACGCCAGGCACUAGUCUCAGGCCCCUCUCAGCUGCUCCCUGCCGCCUUGCAGGCCACAGGAGCGCCCAUUCCUAGGACCCAGCUGCCUGGAGCUGUGUCGGUGGGAGGGGCCCAGGAGCCCCUGCAUGAGAACUAUGGAACGAAGUGAGCCCUUUCUUCCCCCACUCCCUGACAGUCCAGGGCUCCUCUAUCCCCAGUGAACUGGCUCCAGGUAGCAUGGACAUCACCCUCCGAGUCCCCCUUCCACACAGCAGCCAGGAGCACUUUCAUAGAGUUUAAAUUAUUUUCCUGGGGCCCCAGAAUGGACAGGACCCAUUAGCACCCAGAUCCACUCCUUUGAGAAACCCCAUUUGUACAGCUAGGACUGUUUAUAUGAUCUUUUUUAUCAGCUUCUCUCCAAGCAGCCGCAGGCCCCUCUGCCUUGGAGCUACUGAUCUGGCCAGCCAUGGGAUCCUCCUCUAGGACAACUAGGCCAUUGCCCCCUACGCCAGCGGCUUUGAGGAACCUGAGGACAGGGCUGAGGCAGAGCCUUCACCCCCUGUAUGGUUGUCUUUCCUUUUACAAGUCUCCCUGGCCACACUCCAUCCCCCAGUGGACACCAGCCACGCUCACUGUGCUCCCUGGGGAGCACUCACAGUGCAGCCCCCAGCCCCCAGAGAUUCUCCAAAGGCAAUAAGGGGCAGCUCAGUGGGGCACGCUGCUCACCCAGGAAACACAAAUCCCCCUCCCCCUUUUUUUCCUUCUUUAAAAACAAACAGAAAAGAAUAUAUAUAUAUAUAUAUAUAUUUAUUUUUUCAUGUAGAGUUGUGCCGGAACACGUUUGAAUGGCCACAGUCUGUGGAUUUCCCCAAACCCUGUGGGCUGGAGGUCAAUGUGAGGACUCAGAGGGACGUGGGGGCAGCAGGCGGCACAGUUGGCAGCGUAGAUUGGACCCAGAGCCAUAACGAGAUGGCCCAGCCCUCAGACCAGGACCCAUCACUUCUCUUUGGGCCCACUACCACACACAACAGGCACUCUGCUCCCGAUGGGCCAGGCUGAAGGGCAGGGCUUGAGGAAAGGGUAUCCAGAGCUCCCUGUGACCUGCCUCUGACCCCCGGGGAACCCCUGGUUGUGAGGGAGCAGCCUGCCAUGCCCUCCACUCACCAUGGAAUGAUGGUGGCAAACCAGACCACCCAGUGUCCUGAACCCUGGCCAGCUACUGUGAUGUCUGUCUCCUGAUCACCUUUCUAAAGGGUUCUCCAGCCCCUCCCCCUUCCUCUCCUCUCAGAACCCAACCUGGAGCCUUCCCCCUUCCCCCCAACCCCCUCCCUUCAUUUCUUUCUUUAAUGUGUCUUCUCAUAUCUUCAGACCAUUCGAAUCAUUUGGGGGACCUAAUCAUGUACAUUGACAGUUGUAAAUUUUAAUUUUUGCUUUUGUUCUAUUAUUUUUGUAAGAAUUCCUGCAAAAAAAAAUUAUUUAAUUUGAGGUUGAUACUCUGUGUAAUGACUGGAGAUAGCAGGCUUUUUUUUCCAGGUUGAUUUAUUCCAUUUGGAUUUUUGUUUUAAUCAUUCUUUAUUGUCUUUUCCUCCCCCUCUUCCCAUCCCUGUCUUGAGAUUUCUGGCAUGUUUCAGGAGGUUUCAAAGGAAAUAAACGUUUCAUAGAAAUGGCUGGUGUGUUCUCCUGCAGCUGCCUGGAAGCCAGUGCUGGCUCCCUCCUCCUAAGCUCAUAUCACACUCCUGCUGCACAGCAUACAUUUACCAGCCAGCCGCUUUCCUAGGCACCUGACCAUCAGGAUGUAAAAUGUGCUGAAGUUAAAACAAGCUAGGUCUGCAAGGCGAGCAUGGUAACCCGAGCCCUUAAUCCCAGCGCUCAGGAGGCAAGGUGGGAGGAGCUCUGUGUUCUAGGCCAGCUUGUUGGAAGUAAGUUCUAGGAGAGUUAGGGCUGCACUGUGAACCUGUCUUCAAAGGGAAUGGGGGAUGGGCCCCUUUCGCCAGGUGUGAUGGUUCACACUUGUAAUCCCAGCGCUCUGAGGCAGGAGGAUCGCCGAGAGUUCAAGGCCAGUUGUGUUUGUACACAUCGGGAAUCUCAGAGGUGAACGGGUGUCAGGAGUGCAAGGUCUUCCUUAGCUACAUAGCAAGUUUGAGGCCACCUUGUGCUGACUGCAAGAUAAGUGGUAAUGAAGCCCUUUUUAAAAAAAAGAAGAAGAAAAAAGAAAAACUUUUGGGCCAGAAGUGGCUUUGUGGUUAAGAGCACCGGCUGCUCUUCCAGAGGACCCCCAGGUCCUCACCGCUCACAGUUGCCUGACAGCACACCCAAGAGACCCAGUGCCCUCUUCUGGCAUAUUUAAAAAACAACAACAACAAAAGCCAGGCAAAGUUAAGAUAGCAUGCGCCUUUAACCCCAGCAGAGGGAGGUGGAUCUGUGAGUUUGAGGCCAUCCUGGUCUACAUAGUUCGGGGGCAGCUAGGGCUACACAAAAGAAGUCUGUCUCAAAACAAAACCACGGGUGAUUGCAGGUAAAGUAAGUACUUGCCAUGCUGGUGGGAUUUGUAUGAAGCCUCCACCCGGCCCCAAACCACGCCCCUCUCCAUCCCCCGCUUCAUUUGUGUGCCCAGCCCCACCUACUCAUCCCUCCACUGGGUCCCACCAUGCCGUGGACCUCCCUCUGCCAACAGUGCAGGGAAUGGAUUGCAGUGGAGAGCUGCCCAGGGGUCCCUGGGGACCAGAGGUAAAGGAAGAGUCAUCUAGCUAAAGGAAGUGUCUCGGACCUGAAGCCUCGGCCAAAACCAGGAUUUCUAUGGCCCUCCAGACAGGACAAGAGGGGGCGGCUUGAAGCUUGGGGUCCUGGGUCUGUGUCUCGCCGAACUGUGGACAUCUGCGGGUGGGCGAGGCACCAGGCAAACUGACUUUGGACUCAGGAGUUCCAAGAAGAUCCUGAAGACUCACCUCCUGUGGGAAGUCAGCCUCUCUGGACAGGACUGACCCCAUCCCAUCAGCGGUCGUUGUGUUCUUCAGGUCUGAGCUGAACUCUGAUCCUCCUUCGCACCCUACCCGCACCCCCCACCGCCAAAUAUCUUCCGAAAGGUGUUUGCCUAUAUCCAGUGGAGAAUCAGCCCUUGCAAGGGCUUCCAGCUACUUAGACAUCCUCACUCGCCACCCUCCUCAGGGCCCCAUCCAGCCCAGCCCUCCCCCCAUCAACCUGGGCCAAGUGGGGGAGGGAACCCGGGAACAAACUGUUCUCACAUCCUCUCCUGGCCUGGGAGACAUACCACCAUCUCCCAACACCCCACAAUUCACACGCGCACCCGCACACGCACGCCAAGCCCUGAAGGCGCCUGCACUGCGCCCCGUAGUCCCUUCCCUUUCUUGCCCCAGUUUUUCAUGCCCCUCCCCCACCUCUCCUCAGUCUGCCUAUCUCUUUGGCCUCAUCUGCCUGGCACUCUCCAGAUUUCUGUUGUCUGUUCGCACCCCCACACCCCUUUCUAAAGAGAAGGCUCAUGCUAUAGCCCAGGAUGACGUGUAACUAACUCCCCGUCCCUCCUGCCUCAGCCUCCAGUGUUGGAGUUCUGAGCCACAUAGUGUGUUACCAUCCUGGAUGGCGGUCCCUUACAUUCUUUAUUGCCUUCCAACCAAAAGUCUCGCUCAUUCCCGUGUCUUUUGUCUGGGGGCUUUGCCUGUCCCCUUAUCUCAUUUUCUCCCUCUGACUUUGUACAUUUUCUGCUUGUCUCUCCAAACAGCUGUCCACUUCUCCCUCCCCUGGUCUUGCCAAAGCCUGGCUUUUUUUUUUUUUUUUUUUCCUUUUUCUUGUUUUAAACUAUUAUUUACUGGACUAGUCCUCCACCCCGUCCCUGGUCCCUGUCCUCUUCCCUCGGAAUUCCUGGGACUCUCUCUUCAUCUGUGUAUCUCUCCAGCUUUGUCCUUUUUUUCCAUUCAGUACAUUUGUGGCCUCAGAACCAUCUUCCUUCCUGACCAUUGCCCUGGUUCUCCACCCCCACCCACCCCCACCCCACCCUGCCUGUCUCCUUGAAUCCCUGUGUUUUGAGAUGUCCUCCUGUCCUCCACUUUUAACCACACCCAGGUCAGGGAAUCCCAAGUGACAGCCAGCCAUGCUGAGGUGCUAUCUCCCAAACCCUAGCCAGGGAGGGGGCUGCCUUCUGGUCUCUCCAGCCCUCCCUUCCCCCCAGUCUUCACUCCCACCUCCCUCUUUGAGCUGCCUCCCGCUGCAGCUGCAGCAGCCCGUUGCUAUGGCAACCACAGCUGGCUGGGUGGGAGCCCCUCCACCCCAUCCCCCUCUUCUCUCCAGCAAGACAGGGAGGAGCUGGGACAAAGCCACAGGGAGGCAUGGUGUAGGGGCAAAGAGGUGGGGGCCAGCCACAGUGGCUUCUACCCCAGUGAGGCCCCUUGGCUUCCCAUGUUGGUGACACCCCAAAAGAGGUUAGAGAUGGAAGCAGUUGUGGGCAGAGGGGUCAGGCCCAGUUUAAUACACAGAACAAGUUAAUUCACAGCAGAGGCAGGCAAUAAAGGAGACUUGGUGGCAAGGGGGGUACUCCUGGAUUGGGGGCAGACUCCCCCAGACCCUCCACCUCCCCCACUUGCAGUCUCAAUUUCCCCUUUUAAAAACCCGAACAACAAACACACACAACCACGAGAAACAACCACACCCCCUUGCCACCCCCAAAUGGCUAGCGAGGGGGGCAGGAGGCAGCCCAGCCUGGCUGGGUAGGGAAGGAAAGGGGUGGGAAGGGAGAAAGGAAAAAAAAAAAAAAAAAAAAAAAAAA